AUGACAUCACUUGCGAUACGAGGUCUUCGCACGACGGCUCGCCAGUCCGCUCUUCGACCGCGCGGCCCAGCCUCGCCGUCGGCCUCGCAACCCGUGCUCAAAGGCGAUGCACGGCCCGCACCUUCCCCACCUGCCCGACCCAGCCCUUCGCCUCGCCCAUCACCAUCGCUCCCAUCAGCUCCAUCACCAACCCCACCACCAACUCGUAGCGGCGGCAAGCCAGGCUCAAUCUACGCCUCCUAUAAGGCACUACCCUACAAUACAAAGUUGGUCUUUUGGACCGGCGGCGCAGUGUUUGCGGUGCUAGGACUGCUAGCUGCGGACAAGCUCGAGGAGCUUUUCCCCGCCCGCAACAACAAGGCCAUCCGCCCUGGCGCAGCUGGACAGACUCAACCAGCAAGCGCGCCAAAACUCAUCGACCACCCAGAUGCACAGACAGAAAGUGCUGCGCCAACAACGGCAGAACCCAAAAAGCCAAGGCUCUUCAGCAUCUCCGUCGUUGACCGGUCGUAA